ACUUGCUCCUGACUCGAAGAAUUUGACGAAAUCGGUCAUUAUCGGAGGCACGGGUCCAUAUGCUGUUAUUGGGCUUUCGCCAGCAGCAGGCGAUAUACUGAGAUUGAUGCUGCUUGUAUGCAGCACCGUCGACAGAGGCGACCCAAAAUACGCCGAGCCGGAGGAUUCCGUUGCAGACGAGGCCUCGAGGACACCACGGCUCGGACUUGGCCGUUUCCGGCCUCCGAUGCCGGAGAAGCUAAUGGUCCCCAGAAACUUCUUCAUGGCUGGCGAUCAAAUCCAACAGGCGCAACAUGAGCCAACUGGAUGCGGGCAUGUCGCUGCUGGACCUGGCCGUACAUACCUGCUCCCGGCCUUGAAUGAUGCCAAUCACUCUGGAUUCCCGCGCGCUCCAUCGACCUGAGGCAGGCCGAGCCAACCUCGAGCACAAUCGUCCGGCCUCGGCCCCGUGCCCGCCGUCCCAAUCAGAGCAUUCUAUCGACGCUCGGAUUGUUGUUCUCGGUCGCUUCGAGCCGGCCGGCACUGUCCAGAAGAGCAGCCGAUUCCCCCUCCCCUUCUCAGUCGGAUGCCCGAUCGCCAUCGCCCGCCGUAGCUCAGCUCUCGAUCGCCAUCAUCGCCAGGUCGCCCACGAAUCCACUUUCGUCAUCUAUAUCCUCUUUCUCGGGCUGCACAUCGAUCAGACACCAAUGCCGCCGCUCUCAGCCGAAACCCAGCCCAAGCGGUCGAGAGAAGACCGUCUUCGGGAGCUGGAACGGGAGCGAGAGCUCUAUGCUCGGUCUCGGCCGUCGAUAACCCUCGAUACACCCCGGGAUUUGCGUCAAGACGGCUCCUCGGCCAAACCCCUCUCCGGUCUGGCACUAAACGCACCCACUCCGAGCUAUGGUCGGCUCGACGAAGCCGCCUCCUGGCGAGAGACUGGUAUUCUAUUCAUACGACUAUUUCUGAGCGCUGCUGCCCUUUCGCCACGUUCGGGUGCUCUCUGAUGUUGGCCGACGAAUCCAAACAGACAGCUCCAUCCUAAGCUCGUUUGCAAACCACAUCUGACCAUUACCAUGGCCCUGCCGGCUCCGCC